AUCACUCCUAACCAUGAGUUGUUUACAUUCCAAUUGUUCCAAGGUUGUCUAAUUGUGUAAUAAUUCUCCUUUGCGAUGCGAUAAGCGGCGUCCGCUCGUCCGAUCAGAUUUCUGCAAGCGAGGAGGCUUGGGCUGGGGCAUGGGGGAUUGCGAGGACUGAAACUGGCAGCUCGACUAUUCAUGCCUCUCACAUGCUCACACGAAAUGCUCACAUGUUCACCUCACGGGCGCCGAGAUGAGGCGUGGUCCCAGAAUACCUUUUUCGAGUCAAUUUUGUGCCAUACAAUGUCUAUCUUUCAUUUCUAGCGGGGAUUGUCCAGCGGCCGGCGGUUUUGUUGGUGACCGAGGGGGAGGCCGACUGCCGAGCUGCCGAGUGAUGGCCGAGGGUGAAAGAGUUGUAGCCGAGGGUGGUCACGAGUCGACGACGACGACGACGGACACGAGAUCUCUCGCAUCCGACGCGCUUCCGCGCAUCCGCGUACAGCUGUUCUUCUGCUGCUCGAGACAUGCGAAUACACCGAUUGCCUGUCUCGUACAUCCUUUCCACGUCAAACGCCGCACAGCCACCAUGCUCAGUCAUCGCUCCGUUCAACCGAACGUCUCAACACAGCAUCGCGCACAUGCAUGGGCAUGUGCAGAUCGCAUGAACUUGGCGGGACCGCGGACCAGCGCGCCAGCGCGCCAACGCGUCAGCGCGCAGCGGCUCUUUGAUGGAAAUGAGACACGACACGUCCAAGCUAGCAGCUUGCAAGCAUGCAAGCUGGAAUUGCUUUCAGAGUGCCUCACAACCCAGUAGUGUACCACCAUCCAUCAAUCCAUCAUCAGCGCCGCCCGCCGCCCGCCGCCCUCGCGCCGCGCCAAUCCCUCAGGGCGUCAGCCGCCAUCUGACGUCGUUGGAGCUUGCACCUGUCUUCCCUCCCUGUUUGCUCAGCUCUUUUCCUGCUCCUCAGCUGUGCGGGCCGUU